AUGACUACUAUAUGUAGUAUUAGACACGCCGUACCAUGGUACAUCGCUAAGCAAUAUAACACUUAUAGAAAUGACUUGAUACAUCAAUUAACAAAAGAAAUCACCUCAUCCCUGUAUGUGACCAUAACUUUACAGAAUGGUACAACGCUGUAUGAAAUGUACGACGGAUUCUCUGUCUCCGACGAAGCAGAAAAAUAUCAAAUCUUUCUUGCAGGACCUGCCACGGGAACUUUAGGAGACAGUAAGAUAGACACAGGUUUUCAUUACUACAAUCAGUCAGGGAUGUACUUCUCCACGCCAGACAGGGAUAACAACAGAUAUAGUAGUCACUGCGCUGCUGUGUAUAGAGGAGGCUGGUGGUACAACAGAUGUCACUCCUCCUUCCUUAACGCUCCAUCGUUCCCAGGAGACUUGUCCAACCCACGGUAUCCCACAGUGACGAGUGGGACGUCAGUGAAGGGGACCACCAUGAUGAUCAGACGGAACUAG